GUCAUGGCCAUAACCCCAGAGACAAGAAGGUCUUUUGUGACAGAUGUCAACCAUUGGAGUCGGGAACUAAUUUGUAACGUGUGUUUGGAAUAUUUCACCAACCCCCAUACCCUUCAUUGUGGACACUCAUUUUGUCUGUGUUGUGUCAAAAGAUUGGCCCUAACAGCCCGAGAUUUCAACUGUACCUCAAAACUCAGUAAGAUCAAGUUUCGGUGUCCGACAUGUCGAUAUGGUACCUCCGUGGAGCCUAUAAUCAAACAGUCCGUACCUGUAUCUUAUGGGUUACGAGAUGUCGUAGAGGGAUGGAAACGGGAAAAGAAACAGUUCUGUGAUGAGAAUGGGGUCACUGACCUACGAUCAAUCGGAACGCAAACACCCAGUGUCUACGAUGCGACGGAAGUGAGCGAACCAGACACUUUUGAACGCUUGUAUCCAGGUGUAGCCUACAUCAAGAAAGCUAUGGACGUAACCGAGUCGGACGAUUCAAGUAAUGACGGAGCCACAGUGAUGCCGAAAAGCAGCACAUCUGUGGAAACCAACAGCAGCUCGCAUAACCCGGAAUCGGAAUCGGAGUGGGAAAAUUUUAAUAAUUUAGAUCAACCGGAAGCGGAUCAAGAUCAACCGGAAGCUGCGCAAGAGAAUGCUGAUAACGGGCUGGAGAUUUUAUGGUCUCCCGGUCGAGUUGCACUAACCGUUUUUUGGUUUAUAUAUACUAUCACUGUGUCGGUAGUGGCCAAUGGGUUUCUACCUUAUAUGUUGUUAUAUACUCUUAUGUUUGUCCUUAUUUUAUACACCGAAACAGUACAACGUAAUACAUUAUGAUUUUGUA